AUGAUAAACACUCUAAUCAAAAGAUCUGUUAUAACACCCAAAAGAUUUCAUACCAUCAAAUUACCUCAUCAAAUCAAUCAAGACCCAGUGAAACCCCGUCUAUCUCAAUUUUCUCAUGCAUUAUACAACACAUUAAUGAUUUCAUUAUCAACAUUUUUCCUAUUGAACAUUGUUUAUAAUAAUUUGCGAUACCAAGAAAUAGAACAAGAAUUGAAAUUGAAAUCAAAUACUUUGGAAAAUCAAAUUCAGACUAUAGUAGAUGAAAAGGAUAAACAAUUGAAACAAGAACAAGAGAGUAGUAGUAAACGUUGGAUACACAAAUUGAAAUUUUGGUAA